AUGGAAAUAACUACUACAUCAACCGCACCAUUCCAACGCGUUGCAUUAGACAUCGUCGGUCCUCUCCCUGAAUCAGGCCCUGCUAAACUCAAAUACAUUCUCACUCUCCAAGACGACCUAACCAAGUACUCUGUAGCUUAUCCAAUACGCAGCACCACAGCUGAAGAAACCAGUGACUGUCUCAUCCACUUCAUUUCCCUAUUCGGAAUUCCCAAACAAAUCCUUACUGAUCAAGGCACUAACUUCACAUCCGACCUCUUCAAAACCACAUGCCAAUUCCUCAAGAUCAAACAACUUUGGUCAUCCCCGUAUCAUCCUCAAACACAAGGUGCGCUAGAACGCAGUCAUUCCACACUUAAAGAAUAUCUCAAGUCCUUUGUUAACACAAAUCAAGAUAAUUGGCCCACAUACGUCUACACUGCUAUGCACACGUAUAACACAACAGUUCAUUCAUCCACUAAAUUCACUCCUUACGAGUUAGUGUUUGGUCAUAAACCAUUGAUCCCAAAUUCAGUCUACGAAAGCGGCCCUGGUACUACUUAUUCCGACUACACUAAGAUGCUCCAACACAAAUUCAAGUAUACUCGUGAAAAGGCUCGAGAAAAUAUCCUUAAUUCCAAAGAAACCUCAAAAACCUAUUACGAUUCCCAUUCCAAACCUCCACCGUGCUACAAAGCAGUAUUCCAAAAACUCCGCAAUUUUAAACUACAGCCCGAUAAAUGCGAAUUCCUACGAAAAGAAGUCGGUUAUUUAGGCCAUAUAAUCACUGAAAACGGUUUAAAACCCGAUCCUAAAAAAACAAAAUCCGUACAAGAAUUUCCAGUUCCAAAAUGUCCAAAAGACAUAAAAUCAUUCCUAGGUCUCAUAUCCUAUUACAGGAGGUUCAUCCCUGAUUUUUCUAAGUUAUCCAAACCUCUCACAAAUCUGUUAAAAAAGGAUGUCCCCUUUGACUGGACCAAUGAACAACAACUUUCAUUUGAAACCUUAAAAGACAAAUUAGUCUCCGCUCCUGUCCUAAUUUAUCCUGACUUCACAAAGCCAUUCACACUUACAUGUGAUGCUUCCAACCAUGCAAUUUCAGCCAUUCUAUCCCAAGGUCCCACAGGCAAGGAUCAUCCCAUUGCCUAUUCAUCACGAACUCUAAACAAAAACGAAGUAAAUUAUAGUACAACAGAAAAAGAAUUACUUGCAAUAGUAUUUGGUUGUAAAAACUUCCGUCCGUACCUAUUUGGUAGAAAAUUCUUCAUCGUCACCGAUCAUCGUCCAUUAAAGUGGCUAUUUAAUCAUUCAGACCCCAGUAGCAAAAUGCAACGCUGGCGACUCCAAUUAGAAGAAUACGAAUACGAAAUCAUAUAUCAAAAAGGCAAACUGAAUUCCGCAGCCGACGCUCUUUCCAGAUAUCCCGUAAAUCCUAUACAGCCAGAAUCUCAACAACUACCUAUAAUCCCUGAAGAAGUCCAGAAUAUUCCACUUCCUACACCCGCAACAAAUGCUAAUCCUGUUACGCCGAAUCUCGAUCCCGAAACAUCAAACCCAAACGAAUUCCUUCCAAGUCCAGACCACGACCUUACAGACCUCGGUCCAAUCGAUUUCAGUCCUCAAAGUCAAGACUUAAAUCUCAACUUCGACGACAUUACAAUUUCAUCUCCUCUGAAUCCUGACGAAUCACUGAGUCUCCUAAAUCCUCUAAAUCUUGAUAAUCCACUGAAUCUCCCAAGUCCACCGAAUCCUGAAAGUCCACUGAAUCUCCAAGAAUCACCUCUACUGCAAAAUCCUCUGAAUCCCCAAUCUCCGUUUAACUUAGAUGACCUGCUUAAUCCUCACCGAAUCCUCAAUCUCCUCCGGUUUCUGAAAAUCUACAAAAUCCACUCAUCACCGAAGAUACAACUAACUCUGAACCAGUAUCCAAUACCGCAUCUUCAAAAGAAUACUCCAAAUUUCUAA